CCGCGGGUGCCCCGCAUGCUGCCCGGCCCGGCAAAGCCGCUGCAGCUCCGGGAUCAAACCCACGAGCUCGUCUCGCUCUUCCCUCGCUUUCCACGCGGCCCCAGCGCGUCCUGCCCCGUCUCCCAGCCCUGCCCCGGCUGCCCUCCCGCCUCUUGCGGGGGCCGGGGCUGCCCGGGAGGAGGAGCCACCGCCUCGCCGCUUCCUCCGCCCGUCUCCGGGCGGGUGUGGUGCGUGGCACAGCUCCGGCAGCCCCGGAGCCGCCCGCUCCGUCCCGCAGGCACCGCUCCCGGCCAGCGUCAGCUCCCGGAGCGGGGUCCGGGGGGGAUCGCCUCCAUGGUGCCUCCGGCGGUGCUGCUGCUCUGGGCGGUGCUGGCGCUGCUCGGGGCGGGGGGUGGCCGUGCCUCACAGCAGGAAGAAAAACUGCUGGUUCUGACUGUUGCCACCAAGCAGACUGAAGGGUUCCAGCGGUUCAGAAGAUCAGCCCAAUUCUUCAACUACAAAGUCCAGGUGCUGGGGCUGGAUGAGGAGUGGCGGGGUGGAGAUGACCAGCAGCCAGCUGGAGGUGGGCAGAAGGUCCGUCUCCUGAAGUCAGCUCUGAAGCAGUAUGAGGAUAAGGAGGACUUGAUCAUCCUUUUUGUAGAAAGCUAUGAUGUGCUCUUUGCUUCGGGCCCCACAGAACUGCUGAAGAAGUUCAAACAAGCCAAAAGCAAGGUGGUUUUCUCAGCAGAGAAUUACAUCUAUCCUGACAGAAAGGUGGAAGCCAAGUAUCCUCAGGUGCGAGACGGAAAGCGCUUCCUGGGUUCUGGAGGCUUCAUAGGUUAUGCUCCAAACCUGAAGAAGCUUGUGGAGGAGUGGAAAGGAAAGGAUGAUGACAGUGACCAACUCUUCUAUACAAAUAUCUUCUUGGAUCCAGAAAAAAGAGAAAGUAUCAACAUUAGUCUAGACCAUAGAAGCCGGAUCUUCCAAAACCUAAAUGGAGCAUUAGAUGAGAUAGUUCUGAAGUUUGAAAAUUCACGAGUGAGAGCAAGAAACUUGUUAUAUGACACUCUGCCUGUGGUGAUCCAUGGAAAUGGACCCACCAAGCUGCAGCUGAACUACCUGGGAAACUACAUUCCUCAAAUAUGGACAUUUGAGACUGGCUGCACGGUGUGUGAUGAAGGUCUGCGAAGCCUCUUGGGGUUUAAGGAUGAGGCAUUGCCAAUGAUUCUGAUUGGCAUUUUCAUUGAGCAGCCCACCCCGUUCCUCUCCCAGUUUUUCUUGCGGCUUCGUAACCUUCAUUACCCAAAGCAACGAAUCCAGCUCUUCAUUCACAACCAUGAGGAACAUCACUUGAUGGAAGUGGACUCUUUUGUAGAAGAGCAUGGCAAAGAAUAUCUCACUGUCAAAGUGAUCGGACCAGAUGAUGAAGUGGAGAAUGCUGAGGCACGUAACUUGGGCAUGGAUUUGUGCAGGAAGGAUCCUGACUGUGACUAUUACUUUAGCCUGGAUGCUGAGGUAGUUCUGAAGAACACAGAGACUCUGAGGAUCCUGAUUGAACAGAACAAGCUGGUGAUUGCCCCCCUGGUAAGCCGUCACGAGAAGCUGUGGUCCAAUUUCUGGGGAGCACUGAGCCCUGAUGGAUACUACGCCCGCUCGGAAGAUUAUGUGGAUAUUGUUCAAAGGCGGAGAGUUGGGCUUUGGAAUGUUCCCUACAUCAGCAGUGUCUACAUGGUUAAAGCCAAGGCUCUGCGCUCGGAGCUUGACCAGGGAGAUCUGUUCCACAGUGGCAAGCUGGAUGCUGACAUGGCUUUCUGCCACAACAUUCGGAAUCAGGGAGUCUUUAUGUACCUGACAAACCAACAUCAGUUUGGACACAUACUGUCCCUGGAGAAUUACCAGACAAGUCACCUCCACAAUGACCUCUGGCAAAUAUUCAGCAAUCCCGAGGACUGGAGAGAAAAGUACAUCCAUGAAAACUACACAGCAGCUCUGAAAGGGAAAUUGGUAGAAAUGCCCUGCCCAGAUGUUUACUGGUUCCCCAUAUUCACUGACACUGCCUGUGAUGAGCUGGUGGAAGAAAUGGAACAUUAUGGCCAGUGGUCCACAGGUGACAACACGGACAGCAGAAUACAAGGAGGAUAUGAGAAUGUCCCAACUAUUGAUAUACACAUGAACCAAAUUGGCUUUGAAAGAGAAUGGUAUAAGUUUCUUCUGGACUAUAUUGCACCCAUCACAGAGAAGCUGUACCCAGGAUACUACACCAAGACCCAGUUUGAACUGGCCUUCGUGGUUCGCUACAAACCUGACGAGCAGCCGUCCCUAAUGCCCCACCACGACGCGUCCACCUUCACCAUCAACAUUGCCUUGAACAGAGUUGGCAUUGACUAUGAGGGAGGAGGCUGCCGCUUCCUGCGCUACAACUGCUCCAUCCGAGCUCCACGGAAAGGCUGGACCCUUAUGCAUCCAGGACGCCUGACCCACUACCAUGAAGGUCUUCCAACCACCAAAGGAACCCGCUACAUUGCAGUGUCCUUUCUUGACCCCUAGAGUUCUGCUUCCCAGGAAGGACCUUUCCCUGGCCCUGCUCACUGCUGACUUGGAGUAGAAACAGGGAAUGUUGCUGAAAGUUUCUAAGGCAUUGUUCAAAGCUAUUUGGAUUUGAUUUUUAUAUGAUUUUUAAUAUGAUUUUUAAUGAUAUUCUAAGACUCCACUACUGGAGGACUCCACUCUCUGAUACUGCAGGUAAUAUCUAGGAAUAUUGCUGUAGCAGUCCAAAGGAGAUUUUGUGCCUUCGUCUUUGAUUCUGUUCCUCAUCCACUGUUUCUUGAAAGUGCUGUUUACUUGAACUUUCAUCAGUGAUUAAUUGGCUUUAAAAAAUAGUUUUUUGGACUGGAAAUCCAGCUUUUUGGAGGCAAGUUACAAGCUGGAAGCCUGUUUUCAUCCACAGCAUAUAUGGGACUGGAUGUUACACAGUAAUUCCUGGACAUUAUUCCAAAUAUAAACCAAUCAGGGAGCUUACUCCAGGAGUCAUAACAGUUAAGUGUCACACCAAAUGAAACUGAGUUGGAAGAGCCUGAAGAUCAUCUGAUUCCUUACCUCUUUGCUGUCCUUGCAAGCAAAUCACAAAGUUCAAAGCAGCAGCAGUGGCAACAUAGGUGCUUCUGGUUAGCUCAAGAAGGUCCUCUGACGAUGCUUUACCUCUGGGAUUAGACUGAAGAGAUAAAAGACCUCCCUACCUUCUGUCUCUCAGCUCAGCUAAGAGCAGCAGGCAUACCCACACAAAUUCAAGCCAUGUGUCAAUAUGUAGAUUAAAUCUAAGAAAGGGAAGGCUGGGAACAGCUACAUCAGUCAGGGGGGCUUCACGGCAGAAUUGUCUCUGUUCUGUACCCUGUUACAGUAGCCAAAAGCUCUGAUCAAUCUCUGGAUAACAACCCAGAGGUCCCAGUGGUCUUUGGUUUCCUCAUUCCAUUUGUCAGAGAUUGUUUUAAUAAUUUUAUUUGAUGGCCCAUUCACAUAAGAUGGAAAGAGUUGUUCUCUGGUUCUUAGAGGACAUAAUUAUUCAGUGUUUCUAUUAUUUGAGAUUGAAAACCAAAACACUCCAUUGCAGAAACUUCUCCAAUGGGGUCAAGGCUGAUAGAAAUGAGUGGUUGGGAAGUGCUGAGAGAUUGUGGUGAACCAGUAGUUGUAAAAAUAUGUCUAGACUAGACCUGUGGUUAGAUAGUGAAGGGGCAGAAACCUUUUCUUCCUGUGCCUGUGGGAUACCUGCUCUGCUUAUCAGACACCAUUAUGCCAGACUAGUGUGUUUCACAAGCAAUAAAUUCAUAGAGUGAUUGUCCUUAGGGGGAAAAAAAUUAUGUGCCUUUUAGUUGUCUAUCUCCAGCUUCUGCUGCCUGAUUGUCAGAGUCGAGCCCUUCUUCUGGGAUGGGUCACUCUAAUGGGGGCAGAACAGCUUUAGACAUGGAAGGGGACAAAGAGCUUUCCCGACUGCUUUCCUUGAGCUUUUUAGGUCUGUUUUGAGGCCAUACACUCACCCGUGCCCAGGACAGAAAAAUCCAGGCAGGGGCAAUCAUUUGAGAAGUAAAACUGUAUUAAGUCCUGUUAUGUGAAAUCCAGAACUGCCUCUUACCAAACGAAGGGAUUGAUCAGCCAGUCGUCGAGAUGUCCAAAAUGUGUAUUACGUAUUUAUUCAGCAGCAGGGGUUUUUUUGUUUGGUUGGGAUUUUUUUUUUUUUUUUGGUAUUUUUUGUUCGGUUUUUUUUUGUUAUUUUGCUGUUAUUUUGUCCUCGGGCCGGUUCGGUGGUGGGCGUUAACGAGCUGUACGGUUUGAGCACGGGGAACUCGCAUUAAACCCUUUCCCGUGA